AUGGAGGUGAGUAUGAGGAAACUGGCCUUGUGGCACACGAGAACCUUCAAGCCCGUUAUGACGCACGAGGAGCUGGAACCAAUCAUGUCGACGAUGGGCUUCGUGGGUCUUCCUCCCAACCACGCCACCGGAGGAGGCUUGAUCCAAGAAUACGUUUUCCUCUCUUGUCCCACCAACGACGACCAUCAGCCCAGGCCCAGCCUCCCCUAUCCCCUCAUCGAUGGCCUCCAUAUCAACACCUACCAGGCUUUUCUUGACGCUUUGGCCUUCUUUCUCAAUGUCUCUGAUCUCUUCCAUGUCAGAGGAAUGCCGCUGCAGCGGGUCGAGGACAAAAACAGAACGUGGCGUCGCAUGGAAGAGGAUGAGAGUGUGUUUGUGUACAGAGAUGGGACGCUGGAGAAGUCGAGUCGCCACCUUCUGAUGAACAUUAAUGAAGAAGACGCAGAGACACAGACACCAUUUCUCAUCCACCAGAAAUCGCUUCCUCACUGCACCUUACUUCCCCUAACAGACAUCAUAGUCUGGUUUUGA